AUGGACCCGAGUGGCAACCCAAGCCCAGACCCGCGCGAGGCUCGCAUGUGGCGCACCCUGUUCUUGAUGACCAAAGAGAACCUACUUGUAUUGUGCAGCCUUUGCAUCCUUGGUUUGCCCCCUGUUCUCGUGGAUCUCUGCGCCCUGGCAAUGCUCACGAAGCAGACCAUUGAGUCUAGCGGAGGCCCCAAAGCAAGCGGGAAGCUGGUCUCAUGCAUUGAGUAUUUUGCAGGAAAAGCCAGGGUUGCGAAGGCUUUCAAAAAAACCCGGAGGGCAUCCAGAGCUUUCGACUACAUGAGAUCUGGUAGACAUAACAUAUGCGAGAACACUGGCUUCAUGGCAUCGGUUGUCGCCCUUCUCAGCCUACGGUUUGCAGGGUUGGCGCACUACGCGACAGUGUGCACAUCAGUCUGUUGGGUGAACCGAGCUACCAACAAGCGCUCAAAAUGCUUUCCGCUUGGGACGGAUCGGGGCUACGUGGCCGCCGGCAGUGUUAUGGGCGGGCGCACAGCAGCAAUGUGCCUUCUUACGUGGGCUUUGGGGUCCGCGUUUUCCUUGGAGCAGCCGAAAAGCAGCACUAUGGAGUUCUUAGCAUCGUGGCAGUUUGUGAUCGAUUUCUUCAAGCAGCGCGGCGUUUGUUUGAAGGCGCACUUCCUGAACAUGGGCUCUUUUCUUGCGCCGUCCAAGAAGCCAACUGUGUUGUACACCGUGUUCAACAUGGAGCCGUUCACCCAGCUGCCAACCCCUGCAACGCAGCGCCGUCGCAGGGGGCGUGCCCCUGUGACACGCCAGUAUACGGACGGAGCUGGCAAACGCCGCUGCACUGGGGAUGCGGGGUUGAAAGACAGCCAAGCUUACACUCCUGAGUUUGGAAGAGCGAUGCUGGCAUGGUGGAUCCGAAACAAGGAUGACCUCAAGACUGAGGGGAGGCAGCGCUUCGAACAUGCAGUGAGGGAAAUUCGGGAUGCUUCUGUUGCACAGCUGGCCGCGCUGAUCAUGUCUUAUAGGUCCAGCCCUGGGUUUAGAUUCCCGGAAGCACAGUUGGAUGAAUUCCUGGACAGCGCCUUGUGGCCUGUGUAG